AUGCUCAACUUUACUGACGUGACUGAAUUUAUUCUUUUGGGAUUGACUAGUCGUCCCGAAUUACAACUCCUUUUCUUUGUGGUUUUCUUACUGGUCUACAUCGUCACAAUCAUUGGGAACAUUGGAAUGAUCGUACUAAUCAGGAUUAGCCCUCAGCUCAACAGUCCUAUGUACUUCUUCCUCAGUCACUUGUCUUUUGCCGAUGUGUGGUUCUCCUCUAAUGUCACCCCUAAAAUGCUGGAAAACUUGAUCUCCGAGAUCAAGACCAUUUCAUACCCUGCUUGUAUCGUGCAGUGUUUCUUCUUCAUCGCCUUUGUCCACGUGGAAGUCUUCAUCCUCGCUGUCAUGGCCUUUGACAGGUACGUGGCAAUUGGCAACCCUCUACUCUACGGCAGCAGAAUGUCCAGGACCGUCUGCAUUCGAUUGAUCUCUUUCCCUUAUAUCUACGGCUUCUUUAUCAGUCUGAUCUCAACGCUCUGGACUCAUGGUUUGUACUUCUGUGGCAACAUUGAGAUCAACCACUUCUACUGUGCUGACCCGGCUCUCAUCAAGAUGGCCUGUGCAGGAACCUUCAUUAAAGAAUACACCAUGCGCACACUAGCCGGUCUCAACUUCUCCUACUCUUUACUGGUCAUUGUUGUCUCCUACGUCUUUAUCCUGAUUGCUAUCAUAAAAAUGCGCUCGGCAGAAGGAAGAAAGAAAGCCUUCUCCACGUGCGGGUCGCACUUGACAGCCGUUACUAUAUUUUACGGAACCCUCUUCUUCAUGUACCUUAGAAGCCCAACUGAGGAGUCUGUGGAACAGGGAAAAAUGGUGGCGGUAUUUUACACCACAGUGAUCCCCAUGUUGAACCCCAUGAUUUACAGUCUAAGGAACAAGGAUGUGAAGGAAGCCAUGGGCAAAGCAAUCAGCAGAAGAUUUUUCAUCAAAUAA